AUGCAUUUAUUGCGUGGAGAAUGGCGCAAGGAGAACAUUUGCUUCAAACCGCGGAAGCCUUGUAGACCUUGGCCACUAUCUCACGCCUUAAAUAAUGUUCUGAGUCUUGCAGAUUUUGACAUUGACGUUUCACAAGAGUUGCUGCUGUAUGCGGACCAACUGGAAAAGGAGAAAAGUCGGCAAGAAGAGGACACUGAGGAAGUCACUGAUGCUGAGGCAGCUCGGCUUUUUGCCUUGGCACGAAAGCGUCGGGGAAAGCGGCUUAUAUUUUUUAACGCGCCGGACGGGAUUAAGUUACGUCUGCACGAUCACCCACAGAAACAAAGGCAGCUACCAGGGACACCGAAGUAUUGCUCCUUUUGUGGCAGCAGUGCAUCUAGGGCAAAGCGACAUAGAGAAAGCUUUAUGUGCACUGCCUGUGAUGCACAUAUUUGUACCAGAGUACACAAUGGGCAGCGUAAGAGCUGCUGGAGCAUCUGGCAUGAAUCAAAGAAGCAGAAGCCGAGGGAUGGAGGAGCCAGGUCUUUAUAG